AUGCAAUCCAAGAUAUCUCUUCUCAGCCUGGCCGUUCAGGCUAGCCUCGCACUCUCAAUCCCUCGACCUUACACUUGUCCAUCAAUUUCUGGCAACAAGACGAUUGAUGCUUAUCAAUUGUACCCUGAGAAUGUUGACUUCGAUACACGCCGCUGCCUUGUAUACUCGAGCGUCCUGUACAAUGCAACUGCUGUCGCCUGGGAUCCCUACCGAGGCAAGAUAGUGCAUACUUUUGAAGCUCCUGGACUCAGUGGCAACCCUUUGCUCCAUUCGAGUGGCGUACGUGUUGACACCCUGGACCGACUCUCUGUGGUCAUCGACGCUGGCGCUGCCUUUGAUACUGGUGGCCAGAAUAUUGAGGGCGACAACUUGCUUGUCAAGUUUGACCUUGUAGACAACUCUUUGCUGUGGCGAGCGAACCUCACCAAGGCGACUGACGGUGUAUACGGUGGUUUUCAGGAUAGUGAGAGCGACGACGAAGGCAACACUUUCGUUCUCGGAACCUUUCCCAGCAGUCUGAUCAAAGUCAGCGCAGAUGGAAAGUCUGUUGUCCCGUGGUAUCUCGUUGAACCAGCCAAUCAUACCAUCCACGGCUUCUCAGGAAUCUCCCGCAAAGGCGACGCGCUCUUUGUGACCGAUAACACAGACGGUCAGCUUUACAAAUUCGAUAUCAAAGCAUCAAAGGGUAAACCAGUUCGUGUUCCAACAUCUAAAGACAACAAGGCCUUGGGCCAAAACCUCGACGGCUUGCAUUUGCCCUCGCUUUACGCCGGUACUGUUCUCCUGGUCAGUGACAAUACCAACGGCACUGUUGUCUUGCGAUCUAGCAAUGGAAAGUGGAAGUCUGCCGAGAAUCUCGGAACCAUCCCUAAUCCUUACCUCAGCCAGGGCGGAUUCACUGUUGCGUCCGUGCAGAUCUCCGAUAGUAUCUAUGCUGUUACCGAGUUCUUUGGCGAUGCCAUCAAUGGAACCCUCCCUGGCAACAGGACAUCUUUCCCCUUGAGGGAUAUCACAGAGGAGGUGGAGACUCUUUUAAACGCCUAG